AUGGUCCCACCUGUGCCCGCCAUACCCAAAGCUUACGAGUCACCGAAAGAUGUCAUCGAUAUACCCUUCUUCUCCGGUCUCAAAACUCCUCUGUCAGGCAACGUCGACAACGAGGGCUCUGCCCUACCAAUACCCACCCGACGUGGAGACACUUCUACCACCCCCGACCCGAAACCAACUCAACACCGCAGAGGCCUCACGGUGGGCAAUGGCACUAACUCUGAAACUCCACCAGCGAUGCCUGCAGCCAAUAAGAAACCUCUUCAACCAUUACGUCUUCCCCCUCUUAAUCUUCUACCACUCUCGACUCCUACUGCGGCUAGAAUCAAUUCUUACCCUGCUCCAUCUCAAGAAGCUGAUGAACGAGGUACCACGCCUCCGUUCAAGCGCAAUGCAGCCAAAACACCCAGCACUCCUAUGACAGCUUCGAAAGCAACCUUUUAUAGGCGCCAGGAUGACGAGCCUGCAAUGCCGAUCAACGCUCGGAGUAACAGUACGCAGCCAGGCGCUCGUGCUCUCCGUUACGAAGAGCCAAGCAACGGUGUGCUUCUACCACCCUCGUCCUCAGCCAAGCGUCAAGCUAUUACUCCAUUCACCUCAGGCUCCUUGCCUAAGCCUAGCUCCAAGUUUAGCAAACCUCCAAGACUACCGGAUGAGUUCACUUUGGGCAACCACGAUGCUGAACCACUCUCUUCCAAGCCGAUGGGCCCGAGACCACGGGCUGUGUCUAAAUCAGUCAAAGAAACAGCGUCUAUCAAUACAGUGUCAUCUACGGAAGACGCUGAACAGCCGCCGCCUUCUGCUGCCUCAGGUCUGCGUCGCAAAUUGAGCUUAGGAUGGCGUAAAACGCCGCCUAAAGCAACAAGCGCCUCAAACGCGGAACCUUUGAAACUUCAGACUACCAGGUACGAUGAUAUGCCUCCGCCCAAAAUCCCGGCGUCUGCGACUUGGAGUACGGAUAGUCCAAUCUCCACUUCUAGCAGCGGUCGUCCCUCGUUCGAAAGCACCAAGCUCGAAAGUCACAGGAGCAAGCCCUCUGUUUCUUCCACUAACAAGGUACCCUAUCUUGAGUCAGCUCCAGCUGUCAAACCACCACUUCCAAGCAACAUUGCAGUACGCCAACCUCAGACGAGCACGACUUCGGCAUCGACUGCAGCACCACAAAAUCAACGCUCCACGUCGUGGUCUAUCCUUGGUAGCAUGAACCGCACACUAGGCUCAAGAACCGCACCUGCCCAACCCAAACCUCGUACAAUCAACGCCUUACUUCUAGAUAAAGACGAUAUCGCUGCGAACGAUGAGAUGAGAAAGUUGUCAACAAAGAGGCGCGAUAUUGAUGUGGCUGCCCGUGAGACUGAAGAGUUGCGCAAACGUGCAACUCAAAAGGACAGGAUGACUCCUGCUCAAGCCAUUCAAUUGUCAGCUGGACUUCUGAACAUUUACGAAAAGGGAGAGAUCAUCGACUACAAGGAUGGCGUCUGGUUCUGUGGCUCCAAACAGGCAAAGAAGCAUGUUGGAGAUAUCUCUGCUGCUGGAACGACAAACUUCGGUUAUGAUGAUGAAAGAGGCGACUACAACCUUGUCAUGGGUGAUCACCUAGGGUACCGUUACGAGGUGAUUGAUGUGCUUGGUAAAGGAAGUUUCGGACAGGUGGUGAGGUGCAUCGACCACAAGCUCGGCACUCUCUGUGCCGUCAAGAUCAUUCGCAAUAAGAAGCGAUUCCAUCAGCAAGCUUUGGUUGAGGUCAACAUCUUACAAAAGCUCAAGGAAUGGGUAAGUUUACCAACAACUCAUGUUCGAUGCCAUCGUGCUGACCUAAGACUANNGGAUCCUGAUGAGGCUAAUGCAACACUAACAAUCACAUCGUCUUUCUACUUCCGAAACCAUCUUUGCAUCACGUCCCCCUCUCUCAGCAUCAACCUCUACGAAUUCAUCAGAGCCCACAACUUCACUGGAUUUUCGAUCCAACUCAUUCGCCGCUUCGCACGCCAGAUACUCGCCUGUUUAUGCCUCUUACAGUCCAAGAGAAUUAUUCACUGCGAUCUCAAACCAGAAAAUAUACUUCUCUGCGAUCCUCGCCGAGCUGACGUUCGAGUCAUCGAUUUUGGCAGUUCUUGCAAAGCAGAUGAGAAGGUGUAUACGUACAUCCAGUCUCGUUUCUACCGUUCACCUGAGGUCAUUCUCGGAAGUGACUAUGGUCUUGGAAUCGACAUGUGGAGUUUCGGAUGUAUUCUUGCCGAGCUUUUCACCGGGUACCCUAUCUUCCCUGGAGAAAAUGAGCAAGAGCAACUUGCGUGUAUCAUGGAGAUUUUCGGCCCGCCCGCUCGCGACAUCAUCGAGAAAGCCUCACGAAGGAAACUCUUCUUCGAUUCGUCACUCAAGCCUCGUGUUACAGUGUCGAGUAAAGGCAGGAGGAGGCGGCCCAGUAGCAAGACCCUUAGUGGUGCCAUCAAGUGCGAAGAUGAGGCUUUCUUGGACUUCCUCUCUCAGUGUCUUCGAUGGGACCCCGAGAAGCGUCUGCGUCCUGACCAGGCCGUAUCUCACCCCUUCAUCACUAAUGAGCCUUUCAGAAAAGCUGGGCCUGUCAGUUCACGCACAAGGACUGCAACCUCAGCUGCGUCGUCAAAUACGACCACGGCAUCACAGUCUCCGGUCAAGCGUGUGCAUCCAGCAAAUCCGACCAUCCCGACAAUGUCAUCACAAGCAACUGCGGCAACCCCUCGUGCGCGUCCCUUACCAGAUACCCCAAACACGGCUGCGCGUAAUGGAAGCGCAGCAGCCUCUAAUGUCAACAAUACCAUGAAUCAAGCAGUCAAAUCUGCAAGCGUAGGCAGGCGGCAGAGCUUGGCACCUGGUUUGCAGCAGACCGUCAGCGCACCACCGCCUCAAAUCUCUAUCAGCCAAGCCAUGGCUGGUAGCAAACGAGCCAGCAAUGGUGCAUUGCUAGCACAGCAGUACCAACAUCAGAUUGGCUCGUAUGGCAGCCUCGGUGUCAGUGGCUCAUCAACAUCCAACAGCGGUCUACCACGCUCUGUGAGUGGAAAACUCGAUCUUGCUGGUGCAGCGGCAAGAGAAAGCAUGGGAGCUACUGCACGGUGGAGGUGA